AUGUUCACCCUCAACCGCUGGAAGGAGAACCUCCCCCUCAAGAUCGUCAACGUCCUCGUGUUCGCUUUUCUCUUUGGCAGCAACACUUACGGCUCGUUCACGCCCCACCACACCGGUCGCGAGACGUACUUCACGCCGGCCGCCUGGGUCUUCAACGUCUGGACCAUCAUCAACUUCCUCCUCCUGUGCUACGUCGGUUACCAGUUCUUCGACAACUCGCGCACGGCCGUCGACGCCAUCGGGUGGCGCUUCACCCUCAUCGCGGUCGUCAACGCUAUCUACGCGAGUCCAGCCCCUUCUGGGCGCUCCUGCGGCAGCAAAGAGCGCCUUCCUGUCCACGUCUGGGUCACGCGCCACUACAUCGUCGCCUUCAUCUUCUCGCUCCUCCUCGCGUCGGUCAUCAGCACGGCCUACUACUCGCUCACGGCGCACUACGGCGCUCAGACGAUCGGCGACGUCCUCUUUGUCCACCUGCCGUUCUCCCUCUGGCACGCGUGGAGCAUCGUCCUCGUCUUCAUCUCAGGCUUUGCUCUCUUCACCCACUCGCACCGCAACCACCCGUCGACGAUCUCGGUCAUCUUUGUCGUCGCCGCCGAGGCGUUCCUCACCCUCACCGCCGUCGGCUACGCGUUCCGCUCGCGCGAGGGCGACGUCGCCGGCUCGGCCGUCCUCUUCGCGACCCUCCUCGGCAUCUACCUCGAGCAGCACAACAACGUCAUCCGCUACUGCGCCCUCGCCGGCGCCAUCAUCAGCGGCCUCGCGAUCGUCAAGUCGCUGUACUUCACGGUCGUCGCGCGCGAGCGCGGUGUGUCGCUCGGCUCGGACGACGAGCGUCGCCCGCUCGUCGCGUAA